AUGGAGGACUUCCAGACUUCCGAGGAGACUGCAUUCGUUGUUGAUGAAGUGAGCAACAUUAUAAAGGAGGCGAUCGAGAGCGCGAUUGGCGGGAACGCGUACCAGCACAGCAAGGUCAACCAGUGGACCACCAACGUGGUGGAGCAGACGCUGAGCCAGCUCACCAAGCUGGGCAAGCCCUUCAAGUACAUCGUGACCUGCGUCAUCAUGCAGAAGAACGGGGCCGGGCUGCACACGGCCAGCUCCUGCUUCUGGGACAGCUCCACCGACGGGAGCUGCACUGUGCGGUGGGAGAACAAGACCAUGUACUGCAUCGUCAGCGCCUUCGGCCUGUCUAUCUGA